AUUUGAAAGCCAAUUACGUUAAAUGGGUCAUGAGAUUGGAGUCCUGUGUCUGGGACACUCGGGCUCGGUGGUGGAGCUAGCUUUUAAUACGGACUACGAUAAUGGGUACUUUCUGGCCUCUGCCGGACUCGAUGGAGUCGCAACACUGCGACACGGCGACACUGGCAACUGGAUUACCAACCUAACAAAGCACACGGACAGUGUGUGGUCGGUGUCCUUGAGCCACGACGCCAAGAUCCUGGCCAGUGGCGGGGCAGAUUGCAAGGUCCGCGUCUGGGAUGCCCUGCUGGGGAAACAGCUGAAGAAGCUUACGCACACCAAGACAGUGGCUUGUGUGGACUUAAAUCCGAAGGCCACUCGCCUCUUGACCGGCUGCAUCGAUGAGGAAUCCUCACUCGCCCUCUUCGACAUGGAACAAUCGGACAAAGCUCCCCUGAUGGAGUUUCAUGGCCACCAUCGCGGUGUGAGGGAUGUGACCUUCUGCUUGGAGGAACGUUGCAUCCUCUCCGCUUCCUAUGAUCGCACGGUGAGGAUGUGGGACUGCCUGAGCGGCAAGAGAACUAACUCCAUUUUCCUGCCGCACCACGUCAAGUCGAUGGAGCUGCACCACAGCGGCGACAUAGUGACCAUUGCCUAUGCCGGCGGUGUGAUCUUCCUGGACCCCAAGAGCUUCGAAGUGCUCAAGCAUCGCAAGUUGCCCUACAAGGUGACUGCGGCCUCGCUGAGUCCCAACAAGGAGAUCUACGUGUGCGGCAACAACAAGGGCUACUCCCACAAGUACGACUACGCCACGGAUGUUAACACGCAGGUCUACGUAUCAGAGCAACCAUCCGCGGUGCUAGCACUGAGGUUCAGUCCGGAUGGCGAAGUGUGUGCCAUUGGCUCCGCAGAUGGCAGUAUCAUUCUCUGGCGAAUGAGCCGGAAGAGCGCAUCCGUAGUGGGCGACCAAGACGACGACGACGAUGGGGAGGAGAAUGAGUCCAUCAGUUGAAUACCGAAUACCACACCCUAUGCACAACUGUACACCGUUUUGAUUUGAGUUCUCAUCUGGGUUAAUUUAUUUUUUGUAGUUCUGUUGCAUCGUUCCCCAUCAUCAAAAUCCGAGAAGGGUCACUGUUUUUUUCCCUACUAAUAAAUUCGUCUUGUGAUUGAAAACCCCCAAA